AUGGCUUCCUCCGCGCUCCUCCUGCUCCUCCUAUGGGGCUCCCUGGUCCUGUCCCGGGCUCAGUAUGAACAGUACAGCUUCCGAGGCUUCCCCCGGUCCGAGCUCCGACCGCUGCAGACCACCUAUGGCCAAGCCAUGCAGCUCUACGAGGCUCAGUCCUGGAAGGAGGCAACCAAGUCCCUGGAGGCCAGCCUGAGGCUGAACCGACUUCUCCAGGACAGCGAGGAGUUCUGCGGACACAGCUGCUCCAAGGAGACCUCCAUCCCUGGGCUGGAGGACGAGGAGGACGGGGGGCUGGAGGCCAAGCAGGACUGGAGGAUGGAGCUCAGGCUCUUCGGGAGGGUCCUGUCCAAGGCUGUGUGCCUCAGGAAGUGCAAGGCUACCCUUCCAGUCUUCCAGCAACCAUACCCAGACCAGGAGACCCUCAAAGCCUUCCAGAGGAGAGACCCCUACCAGUACCUGCACUACACCUACUUCAAGAUCAAUGAGCUGGAGAAGGCGGUGUCGGCUGCUCAUACGUUUCUGCAGAAGAACCCCACCCAUGAGAUGACGCUGCGCUACAUGAACUACUACAGGACCUUGCUGGAAGUGGAGGAAUUUCUCAUCGAUUUAGAGGCUCAGCCCUUCGAGAGCAUAUUUGUGAAGGCUGUAAAGUCGUACAAUGCUGGAGAUUUCAGGCGCAGCACAGAAGAGAUGGAGCAGGCUUUGCCUCUGUAUUACAAAGCAUACAACAACUGCUUGACGGGCUGUGAGGGGGUUUCUGAAAUGAGAGAGUUUAAAGACUUCUACCCAGCCGUUGCAGAUCAUCUGACCGAUGUCCUGGAAUGUAAAGUGCAGUGUGAGCCUAGCCUGACCCCCAAUGUUGGAGGAUAUUUGGUUCACAAGUUUGUGGCCACCAUGUACCACUACCUGCAGUUUGCCUAUUACAAACUUAAUGAUGUGAAGAACGCAGUUCAGUGUGUGUCCAGCUACAUGCUGUUUGACCCUACAGAUACGGUGAUGCAACAAAACCUGGCGUAUUACAAGUUCUACAAGGAGAAGUGGGACCUGGAGGACUCCGAUUUCAAUCCUAGAGAGGAGGCCCUGAUUUAUCACAACCAGACUGUGCGCCACAAGGAACUGAUGCAGUUUGCUCACGAUUUUCUCCGUCGGGAUGAUGACGAGGUAAAAAUUGAAGUCGGAGCGGUCCAGGACACAGGACCAACCCCAUCUGAUACAGAAUUUGAAGGGGAAGGAGACUAUGAGGAAGGGAUUUUUGCUGAGUGGUGGACAGAACCGAAGUCAAAAGGAGACUUAGCUGACAAACCAAACUUAAAAUAA